GCAGCAAAGAUAACGAUUCGUUCCUCACAUAUCAAGAAUACCCGUUCCAUAACUUCGUCAACGGCAACGACAUAGUCUCCAGUGGGUCAUUCAGCGGUGUCAGCUUCGUAUUCCCGGAGGGUGCCGACUGGGUAGUACCAAGCUUCCAGCUGCGUGAAGACAGUUUGCAU